AUGGGAAAAUCUUCAAAGGACAAAAGAGACGUGUAUUAUCGUCUUGCCAAAGAACAAGGCUGGAGAGCUCGAAGUGCUUUCAAACUACUCCAGUUGGACGAAGAGUUCAAUCUUCUGCAAGGUGUCCACAGAGCUGUUGAUCUCUGCGCAGCACCUGGUAGUUGGUCUCAAGUUUUGACUCAAAGACUUAGUCAGAAUCAUGCUCAGAAUCCCCAAGAACAAGAACCUAAAAUCGUUGCUGUUGACCUCCAAGCAAUGGCUCCUUUGGAUAAUGUGAUUCAACUCCAGGGUGACAUUACUAAAGAAUCAACUGCUGAGAAGAUCAUCUCAUACUUUGAAGGUGAAUUGGCUGACAUCGUUGUAUGUGACGGUGCGCCUGAUGUAACUGGUCUUCAUGACAUGGAUGAAUAUAUUCAAGCACAAUUACUGCUGGCUGCUCUUAAUAUUACAACACAUGUACUUCGCCCUGGAGGAUGCUUUGUGGCAAAGAUCUUUAGAGGCAAAGACAUCACUUUGCUUUAUUCCCAACUUAAAGUCUUUUUCCCAACUGUGACAUGUAGCAAACCUAGAAGUUCGCGUAAUUCAAGCAUAGAGGCGUUUAUUGUUUGCCAAAACUAUACACCUCCUCCAAACUACACACCAACCAUGACCAACCCUUUGCUUGAUUUGCAUUACGAUGCUGCCAAUGCAUUGGUGGGUCCCAACCGAACAAUUGUACCAUUCCUUGCGUGUGGUGAUUUAAACGGUUACGACGCAGAUCGUACUUAUCCACUCCAGACAUCUUAUACUUCCUUGGAUCCUCUUCAACCUCCUAUCACUGCACCAUACAAGACUGCCAUGGAACUCAAGCGUAACAACUUUUACAACAAGGUUGCAAAAUAA